AUGCUUGUUGUAGUUGAAGAGUACAACCCGGAAUGGCCUAUUCAAUUCCAGGAAAUCAAGCGAGAAAUCGAGCAAGCCCUCCUAGGAGUACGAUAUAUCUCAAUCGAACAUAUCGGAUCAACGUCAGUGCCCGGAUUAGCUGCUAAGCCAGUUAUCGAUCUUGUAGUAAUCAGCGAGCGAGACGACGUCAAUGGUGUCAUCCACGCUCUGACCGCCAAAGGAGGAUAUAUAUAUGCCGGGGAAUUGGGAAUACCAGAUCGACAUGUCUGCCGCAAAGCAGAUGGCAUUCCGGCCCGAAACCUGUAUGUCACAGUCCAGGAUUGUCAGUCGGUCAGAAAUCAUCUUGGUGUGCGUGAUGUCUGCCGGAGGAAUGCCAGUUUGAGGGAUCAAUACGGGCGAUUCAAAAUGGAGCUAUCUCGACGGGAAUGGAGAAAUGUCGACGAAUAUUGCGAAGCCAAGAACGACAUUGUCUGCAUGAUUUUGGAGCAGGCGGGACUCAGCGAGGAGGACCGUGAUGCUAUACGUCGUGUGAACACCACCGUCUAA